AUGGCUGAUGAUAAUAUAACAUUAACGUCUCCAAUUUCUAUCCCACAAAAUUCAGUAAAAGUCAUAGAUGCAGAUGAAGAAGUCUUUCUCUUAUAUACUGAAGGAUGUCCUUUAGAAUGGCAAAAUAAUCCAAUCAUAUCACAAAAGGAUGCUUAUAUAGAAGUUAUGAUCGAUGAUCAAUUGAUCAUAAAAAUUGCACAAAAUCAAUCACUCCUUUCCGUAAGUGGUACAACAGGAACGGUUCUUUGGAAUUCAAGUAUCAUGCUUUCAAAGUUUAUGUUCGCCCAUCGAAAGUGGCUUAACCUUUCAAUUGAUAGAACGAAUAUCUUGGAAUUAGGUUCUGGAUGUGGUUUAACUGGUAUUUCAUUAGCUAACACUUUGGUGAAGCUUAUAGCAUUAACAGAUCAAGCAACAAUGUUACCUCAUCUAUGGAAAAAUGUUAAACGAAAUUUGAAUAGUGAUUUAAUUUCAUCAAAGGUUUUAGUUGCAGAGUUGGUUUGGGGUGAAGAAAUUGAUAAAGAUAUUUUGUCACAACAUUGGGAUUAUAUUAUUGCAAGUGAUUGUAUUUAUAAUGAGUUCAUUGUUGGUGCGUUUGUUGAAGCUUUAGUUAAAUUAUGUAAUAAUGACAAAUUUGUGAAAAGAAUUCAUGAAGAAAGUGUUCAAGAUGAUGAAAGGAUCAAAGAGGUAAAACCUACGAUAGUUAUCAUUGCUGUGCAGUUGAGAUCUGAUAUCGUUCAUCUCGAGUUUCUGAAAGAGAUGAAGCGUAGAAAUUUUAUUAUGUGGCGAUUACCAAAUUCUAUGCUGGGGUCUGACUUUGAGAAGGGUUUUGUUAUAUAUAUUGCUUGGACUAAGAACUUAUAA